ACCGGGAGCAGACAUGACUUAAUGGAGAUGCCACCAGAUCUUCACCAGUUCUGGAGCCUUGACCGUCCUACAAGAUGGAACCUUGCAUGGUUUAUAAACUCAUUGGACUGUCUUUUGUUUCUUUCUUUUCUUCCUCAUUGUGUUGAUUCGGGGAGGAGUGAAAGUUCAGAGUGAUGUCAGAGUCUUCCCACGUUGGGCUUCUUCUUCCUCGAGUCACAAUCUUCCAAGUGCCAAGGAAUCACCUACCAUGUGCCUGAAGAGCUGGACCAGCAGUAGCUAAGAUCCUACGAGUUGACUUUUCAGCUCAGGUUCUUUCAGGACCACGAUGGAUGAAACUCUGAACUUCACCAACAAAUGUGUGAACACUACACAUUUAGGACCCAAUGAGAGUCCGGCUAUCAGCGCCGUGAUGUUCUCCACAGGGGUCUUAGGGAACUUGGUAGCACUGGUUUUGCUGGAAAGACGCAGAAGAGAGAACAGGGGCAGAAUCUCUUUGUUCUUUAUCCUUGUGAAUGGUUUGGUUAUUACAGACUUGUUGGGCACUUGCAUGGUCAGCCCGGUGGUGUUGGCAUCUUAUUCCAAGAGACUGACCCUCUACUCUUUGAAUCUUUGCAAUUAUUUUGCUUUUGCUAUGACAUUUUUCAGCCUGGCCACGAUGAUGGUUCUUUUCGCAAUGGCUUUGGAGCGUGCAAUGGCCAUAGGAUAUCCUUACUUCUAUGAAAAGUUCAUCAAGAAGCGGUGUGGGAUCAUCACCUUCCCAGUCAUCUAUUCUUUUUGCAUCAUAUUCUGCCUCUUCCCAUUAAUGGGUUUCGGAGAGUUCAUACAAUAUUGUCCUGGAACUUGGUGCUUUAUAAACAUGAGGGGUCAGAAAAAGGAAGGGCAUAUAAGUAAUGUGUACUCCUCGCUGUAUGCCACCCUACUUCUCAUUCUCAUCAUAGCUGUACUUACCUGCAACUUCAUAGUCAUUGCCAGUCUGCUGAGGAUGCACAAGAGACAGAAAUCCCGCAGAGUUGGAUCUCUGAUGAACAACAAGCGAGAGAGGAUUUCCAUGUCUGAAGAAAUUGACCAUCUCAUACUACUAUCCAUCAUGACCAUUGCCUUCAUUAUUUGCUCCGUACCUUUCGCGGUACGGGCCUAUAUUAACAGGGCAGACAGCGAUAAAGGUGAUGACAAAAUGGACCUUUUAGCCCUGAGAUUUCUGUCAGUCAAUCCUAUUAUUGAUCCUUGGAUUUUCACCAUAUUACGACCCUCCGUUCUCAGGCUGAUGCGCUCAGUUCUAUGCUGUCGGAGCUCUUUCAACUUUGGAAGCAUCAGAAACUCUCCUUCCCUAAGUACUCGCCUGUCAACCAACAACAAGCUGAACUUUGUCGACUCUACAUAUGGGCUUUCCCAGAAGAAACAUUUAGCUGACGGGGAAAAAAUUGCAUGGGGAGAGAAAACAGACACCUAGUAAUAUAAACAGUAUAAAAGAACUCCAUGUACCGAACAUACAGUAUAUAUGACAGGUACAGAGGUGAUCCAGUCAUGGUGAUGGCCAAUGAAAGUGGAGAUCAUCAAGACCUUGGCAAGUUAUAACUACAGGGUCCAUGCAGUCAGAGGUUGGGACCACGACUUGUAUGUUUCACUGACGUGUCAUGUCAGUAAUAUUCUUUGGUCAAAAGAGUGAAGCAAGGAGAACCAAAGUGCCUUCAACUUCUCAGUAGAAUGGGGCAAAGUCAAGGCAUUGCAGGUGGAAAGAAGCAUUUUCUUAGAUGUUAUAUGCACACAUGUUCGUGGUUUCCCAAUACUGAUUUUAGACUGGUACCUCCACUUUUACUGUUUUCUGACUGGAAGAUUAGCAGAGCAUUGUAUCGGUGGUAAACCAUUACCUUUAAUCACUACCUAUUGCAUUUUAGCCAGUAAUCCUGUUUUUCACUUGAAAAUACUGUAAACUGAUCAAGGGGCAAGGUUAUGUACAUUUUGGAUAAAAAGUAGCACUUUGGUCGAAUUAUGAAGGAGUAUCUAGCUAAAAUGUAAUACUUUGCAAUAGUACAAGGCUUCAACAAACUAACAUGGUUACACUGAUCAUGCACCUUCUGGUAAGCCUAAGUUCUGAGACAAUAACCAGGUCCUUCUUCAUCAGAGGCAGACGACAACCCCAUCUGAAGCUGGCUUUGGUCACUCACCACAUGGGGAGCUAUUAUUUCCUGGAUUUGUUAGUUUAUCUAAUAUACUUAUUUCCACCAAUAUAGGGCAACUACAAUUUGGGAAGAAGGAGAACAUUGCAAGCCAGCUUGACCAUAAAUAGAGAAAAAAACAUAAUAACUUGACAUCUCAUCGGGCAUUACUUUACAAACAGUUGUCAAAUAUCCAGAUAGGAACCACCAUGGCAACCAAUUUACUGUGGGUCCGGCUCUAAAAAACUGUUGACUGGGAAAAGCCGAGACCAGACAGACACUCCCUCAGCAUUACACGGUGGCCAUUUAGAUACUUGCCUGCCCAUGCAUUUUGAUUUACAGAGGGGUCCUAAGGAGGGGACCCCCCCUCCCAUAAUGUUCUUAAACCUAUGUACUGAUGCACAGUGCUGCAGGACACAUGUAUGUGAUGUACUGUAUAUUUAUAUAGCAUGAUAUAUAGUAUAAUGCCCACAGCCCAGCAUGGUUGAGACCACUAGUCUUUUGGAUUUUACAUAAGAAUCCAGACUCAAGCCUUAUAAAAGGUUUUUUUUUUUUUUAUUGUAAUCUACGUCUUUUCUUCCAAGUUUGGACCCUAAAAAGGUUAGACCACUGGGCAAUCUCGCAUAAAAUGGGAGACCCGUUUUGGGGAAUUUACCAGACAAGUGCCACUUACAUAUUAGGCCUCUUUAAUCCCGUUUCAGGGUGCUGUCAUAGACAUACCUUCAAAAAGGUAUUUCAAGAUAUACUGUGGUGUACCCGCAACACGCCCAUAGACAUUAAUGUACAAAAAUAGUCUACUAGUGACUACGUUUGGUCUUUCCCACAAAGCCUAUAUGUUUUGUUUCCAGGACCCAAAAGCACAGAAGUUUUCAGUCUGGUUAAAAAAACAGAUACGGUGGGAAAAUGAGCUGACCGGAGGCAUUAGCUGACUCCGGUCCCCUCAUUGAAAUGAAUGGGGUACGGUUUUACAAUUGCCCUGCUGGAUCUGGUUGCUGUAUGCCCCAAACGUGUUGUGAAUGCACCAUAACAGAUGUAAUAGUGUCAAUAAAAAGAUUCAGGGGAAUGACACAUUUGUCUUUACCACAACGAAGUGCAAAAUUUGUUGGAUACCACCCUUGUGAGGCGGAACGUCUGAAUUUCCCUUAAGGUCUAUUCACAUGGCGGAAUCUUUGCUCGGAAAAAUUCCGGGCGUAGAUUCUGCAUGUCAUUCCGGGCGGAGAUUCCACUGAAUCAGUCGGAGUUAGGACCGCUUGCAAUUUGUGGAGAUGGCAAUGCAUUUCCAACAUGUUCAUUCUUUUUGCGGAGUCUAAGAUCCGGUAUUUCUGGUAAUACCGGAAAGCGAAUGGUGCAGUAGAAUCAGUUGAAAACAACGGAAGGUUCAUGCUUUACCUGAAUUUCCAAGCGGAAUUUCUCUCUGAAAAAACGUAGUGCGAAUGGGGCCUUAAUGUGAGCUGGCCCUAAGUAUUAUUCAUGUUACGAUUACUUCAGGCGGGUCACAUGGUCUUUUAUUCAAUAGGCUUAUAAAAGUUCCCAAUAGGCAGCCAUUUUGAGUAAAAACUGCUUAUCUACACUGAAGAUGUUCGGCCCACAAGAUCAGGAGAAGAGUCCAUGACAAGGACCAUUGGGACAACGGGCUAAGCACAAAGGGCCUCAGGUAUCAAUAUUAAAACAGGAAACCAGCCGUGUUGCCCUCAGCAAACAACCAGAGCUCAUGAAUUUCUGAGGUAAAAUGAAAGCUGCUGGUUACCAAGGGUGUUGUCGCCCAUAGCAACCAAUCACAACACAGCUUUUAUUUUACCACGGGAGUUAAUAAACAAUGUAAGCUGCGCUCUGAUUGGUCGCCAGGGGCAACCAGGCCGGUAUUCAUUUUUCAGUAUUGUUACAUGAAACAAUUAAAAAAGAGAUUAAUAUAAAGUGAGUGAAUUUACAUUAAAAAAGACACAAAAAUUAUUAUUUUUCCGAAAAUUUCCAAAAGCACUUAAAUAGUAUUUUUUUCCAUAGACAUCGAAAGUUUUAUUGACUAUACAUAUAUAAAACAAUGUUGUUAUUUAAUUGUUAACUUGUCUACGUGUUCAGCGUCUCUUUUUUA